GGUGUUUUCACCAAACGACAUACCCUGCAUAUUCUACCGAACACGUAGUAGACUUAAACAAGGAUCUGCUUAUGUUUGAGACUAAAUGUUAUUGAAACUGGGAAAUACUCUGCUGUGCUUCAACGAAACGAUCGUACAGUUAAACAAAAUAUUAUAGGAACACUGGGAGAAUGGAUCGCGCACAACGAAAGUCUGAUGUAUCUGCUUUACAAUGGGUGUGACAUCUUGAAGUGAGUUCGACAUGGCGUGCUGGAAAUGGUGCCGUCGGACCUGCGUUUGUUGCCUGGACGAUGAAGAGAGGAGGACCAUCGCUAUUGACAAGGAGAUUCAGAGGAUUCUCCGACAGCAGAAGAAGAGAGAACGCAAAGAAAUCAAAGUUCUUUUACUCGGCACAGGGGAGAGUGGGAAAACCACCUUCAUCAGACAGAUGAGGAUCAUCCAUGGAAGUGGCUUCUCUGAGGAGGAAAGACGGGACUUCACCAAGCUCAUCUACCAGAACAUCUUCACGGCUGUGAAAGCUAUGACCCAGGCCAUGACCACCCUCAGAUUGCCCUAUGCCUACCCAGAGAAUGAGAUGAAUGCCAGGUGUGUGCAGGAUGUGGACACAGUGCAGGUCACCCAGCUGGACCGUGGCUAUGUGGACGCCAUCUGCCGUCUCUGGGCCGACCCAGGCCUCCGUGUCUGCUACAGCCGCCGCAGCGAGUAUCAGCUGCUGGACUCCACAGAGUAUUACAUGACCAAUCUGGACCGCAUAUCUGCCCCAGACUACAUCCCCACAGCGCAGGACGUGCUGCGGGUUCGAUUCCCCACCACUGGCAUCCAUGACUACUCCUUCACCGUGAAGACCAUCACACUCAGGAUUGUGGAUGUGGGUGGACAGAAGUCAGAGAGGAGAAAGUGGAUCCAUUGUUUUCAGGAUGUGACGUCCCUCAUUUUCCUGGCUUCCCUCAGCGAGUACGACCAGGUCCUGGAGGAGAGAGAGACUGAUAAGCGUAUGGAUGAGAGCUUAGCUUUGUUCUACACCACCAUCCACUCCCCUUGGUUCCUCAACACCUCUAUCAUCCUCUUCCUCAACAAGACAGACAUCCUGGCUGAUAAGAUCCAGGCGUCCGACCUGCAGAAGUACUUCCCAGGGUUCACAGGAAAGCGACGUGAUGCUCAGGAUGCUAUGAAGUACAUCCAGAAGAUGUAUGAGCAGCAGGCUCACUGCCGGGACAAGAAGGAAGAUAGCAAGACGCUGUACCCCCACUUUACCUGCGCCACCGACACCAACAACAUCCGCAAGGUGUUCAGUGACGUCAAGGACACGGUGCUCCUCAAGUCCCUCAAGGAGUAUGGGGUGAUCUGAGGGCCUGGGGACCCGCCUGCCUAUGGGGCCACACUCAACCAACAACCACUCAGGGCAGAAGAGACUCUCCCUCCAUCCCUCCCUCGCUCACUUUUCUCCUCUCUCUCAAUCUCAUCUCCAGUGGGGAUGCUCUUGGGUCAAACCUUCUUAUUACAGGAAGGAAUCUCUCCCUGGAGAGCAGAACAAAAUGGAGUGACUCCUAUGACUCCUGUAACAGUAACCUGUGUUACACACACACACUCUGGUUGGUAUUUUACAAUGAUGUGUGUAAGGGCUUGGAGAUUUAGUGGCUCUACCAGUGAUUGAAACUGGAAUAGAGAUGUCAUGAAGUGCUGUGUCUCCAUUAUGUUAGUGAUGACUUUAGCAGGUGGAGAGGAGAACUAUAUAGCCCCUCUAUAUCCCUAACACGACCCUGUUCAUAGAAAAUGCCUCUGAUCUGGAGAUCACUACAGAAGAUUUGACUCUAUCUGUGUGUUGAAUUAACACUACUGUACACGCGUUGUAGCCAUUACAUAACACAUAGCCAGUUCACACCUAUGAGAAGUAGCCACCAUUGAAGGCUUGUGUAACAUUUUGUGUUUGGUUGGUCUUUUAAUUGGUUUGCUUGGUUGACACCCGUAUAUUUUGUCGCUGGGUCUCAGAUGUGAGAUGUGAUGCAGGCGAGAAAUGUGGGAGUCGAGGCGUUUACUAUGGCGGUGUCAGAAAUCACAUGAUGUCAUAAUGGGUUCCCCUGACACAGUAUGUUAUGGAAUGCAAUGCUGUACUGUACACUGUUAGGAUUCUUGGUUUGGUUCUUGGUGGAUGCUUUUGUUUAGUCUCUUCCCCUAAUGUGCCUGCCUUACGACCAAUCACUACCUGCUAUACAUUGAGUUCAUAUGGGAACAACAACGCCGGUGAAUCUAUACAUUAACCAACAAAUGAGAGUGCUUAAGAGCAGCAGCCAAGUACGGGGUUAUUAAUAGCUGGCAUGCAUGCUGCUGUUAAAGCUGAAAUGUAUUAAAAGAUCUCAUUAAAUUCCUAGGACCCUAUUAGGGCUGCUAUUAGGUGGCUGAGAGAGGCCAGUUAAAACGAACCCCUGGCAUCGUGGGUGGUUCAAGUCUUGCCACUGUCUUAUAGCUCUAAAAAUCAACAGCAAAAAGUGUGGUUAUGAUGUAGUUAUGAUGUGAAUGGUGAUAGGCUGCAGCCUACGGUAGGGCUUUGAUUUGAGCAGUGGAGUUUUAUUAUCCUCUCUUCGGGCUGGCAUCAAAGGUUACACAGCAAAACAAGGAUUCAAUCAUUGUGUCAAGAUUAUAAACAACAACUCAUUAUUCAUAGUUGGCUUGACCUUUUACCCUGGUCCCCUAUCAAUAUUUAUGUUCAGUCAAUAUUUAGUUUAGCAGGCUCAGGCUGUGCUCAACUUGUUUCAAGUUCAGUAGCAUUUUAUAUUGGAUUUUAUAUUGUUGUAAUUUAAGGGAUAUGGUCUCUAUAAAUACGAGUGUAAUAUCCAUCUCAAUAUGUGUGAGUGGAGCAGGAUGGAGUCUGUCUGAUAAUACAGGUAUUAAUAUUCUGACCUGUGUGCAUCACUAGAGCAGAUGAUGAGUGUGUCAGUGGAAAAGGACUUCAAAGUCAGAUUAAAACUUCUUCCAUUAAAUUGAAGUCAGUAAUUACAAAUUGCAGGCAUGGAUCAUACAAUAUGCAUCUAUUUUAUCAAGGUUUGAGAAUAUUGCUUUGCUACAGUCUGAAGAAUGUAUACAGUAUAAGGACUUGAGCUGUGUUUUCAAACUUUUUACUCAAAUUGUUUUUUGGUAAAGGACUCUGGUCUGAAUGUGCAACUAGUGUAUAGCUAUAUUCCCCUGCAGAACUGAACAUAGGCCCUGCUACCUGAUGUUAUGAAUUAUUAAUUGAGUUCAUCUUCUUUUGUUAUAUUAGACCACCUCAUUAACAGCUAGUGUGACAGGAGGUAUUGUACUGUAUAUAUUACAGACUAACAUAGGGAGAACUCUUAUUUGGUGCAAAUAUUUUUUAUAGAUUUGGGCAGAAUAUGGGGAAAUAUUUUCUAAUUAAAGUGAUGUUUUGAAAAAUA